CUAGUGGCAUCUGGCAUGUGAACCAGUUGAGCCAGUCCGCCGAGGCAGCGCCGCAGCGGUCCCGGACCAGAGGAUGCUGGCCGCCGUCGCGUCCAGAACCCGCAACAAAUCGGCCACCACCGUCCUCUCCCUUGCUAUGCCAUUCCUCCUCUCCGCCGCCAGCGCCAGCACCACCACCAACCCUCAUCCUCUCUCCCCGUUCCCUCGCAGCCAGAACAAUAGCCGCGUCCACCGCCUGCAACUUCCGGCACGCCGCCUCCCCAGCUUCCCCGCGGUUGCUCCGGGCGCUUCCUUUGCUCCCCUCCCGCAGAGGCUAGGCAUGGCGUCGCUGGCGGCGUCAGCGGCCGCCGCGGCGGAGGUGACGCACCUCACGCAGCGCGACGCGGCGGAGAUCGACGAGCAGCUCAUGGGCCCGCUCGGGUUCAGCGUCGACCAGCUCAUGGAACUUGCUGGAUUGAGCGUUGCGGCAGCCCUUGCGGAGGUUUACAAGUUGAAUGAACAUGCAAGGGUACUUGUUAUCUGUGGCCCAGGAAAUAAUGGUGGUGAUGGUCUGGUAGCUGCUCGUCAUCUUUAUCACUUUGGAUAUAGGCCAUCUAUUUGCUACCCAAAACGCACACCCAAACCUCUAUAUUCUGGUCUCGUUACUCAGCUUGAAUCACUGUCGAUCCCAUUCAUACCUGUCGAAGACCUACCUAACGAAUUACCACGGGAGUUUGAUGUUAUUGUUGAUGCAAUGUUUGGUUUCUCAUUUCAUGGAACACCCAGACCACCCUUUGAUCAUCUUAUCCAAAUGCUUGUUUCAUUGAGUGAUAUUCAAAAUCCAGAUAAGCGCCCAGCAAUUGUUUCUAUUGAUAUCCCUUCUGGAUGGCAUGUUGAAGAGGGAGAUGUCGAUGGAGGCAUUAAACCUGAUAUGCUGGUGUCAUUGACUGCACCUAAGCUCUGUGCAAAAAAGUUCACUGGCCCACACCAUUUUCUUGGGGGAAGGUUUGUCCCCCCACCUAUUUUAAACAAAUACGGACUUCAGCUUCCUCCUUACCCUGGCACAUCAAUGUGUGUGAGAAUUGGAAAAGCUCCAUCUGUUGAAAUUUCAUCUCUCAGGGAGAACUAUAUUUCCCCUGAACUUCUUGAGAGUCAAGUGAUGUCUGAUCCAUUUGAUCAGUUCCUUAAAUGGUUUGAUGAAGCAGUAACAGCCGGUCUGCGUGAGCCCAAUGCAAUGGCUUUGACAACUGCCAACAAGGAAGGAAAACCUUCUUCGAGGAUGGUUCUUUUAAAGGGAGUUGAUAAACAGGGAUUUGUUUGGUAUACAAAUUAUGGUAGCCGGAAGGCGCAUGACUUGUGUGAAAACCCUAACGCAGCACUCCUUUUCUACUGGAAUGAGAUGAACCGUCAGGUAAGAGUUGAAGGGUCAGUUGAGAAGGUUCCAGAAGCUGAAUCAGAUAAAUAUUUCCACAGCCGCCCACGUGGAAGUCAGCUUGGUGCCAUAGUCAGCAAGCAGAGUACUGUAAUUGCUGGAAGAGAAGUUCUUCAACAGGAUUACAAGAAAUUGGAACAAAAAUAUUCUGAUGGGAGCUUGAUUCCAAAACCUGAAUAUUGGGGUGGCUACAAAUUGACACCGACACUUUUUGAGUUCUGGCAAGGACAACAGUCUCGACUGCAUGACCGGUUACAAUACUCGCAGAGAGAAGUAGAUGGGAGCACAGUGUGGCACAUCGAGAGGUUGUCCCCUUGACUGUUAGCCUGUCAACACUUCGGUAAUAGCGUUGAGGUUAUCACCAGCAACCAAAUCUUCUCCAGCUGCAAGAUGUGCGAACUGCCCCAAGAUGUUACCGUGGUGAUUAGAUCCCGUGUUUGAGUACCGCAGCCCAGAAGCUCAGUUCUGUGCGGACACCCUUUUCAGUUUCCACUUGGGCCUUCCAUUGUAGCGGUGGGUGAGGAGAGAGUGAAGUGCUUUGCAAAGUCAUCAGAUCUCUUUUAGGCCCUUGCGUUUCUCUUCCGUAAAUGGUAUCCAUCGAACCAGGUUUCUAAAUCCUGCCGAUUGUGAACUUGUGCCGUGAUACACUAGUACUGCGGGAAUAAUGAUCUUGGGAUGGCAUUGUCAGCACCGUGCUAGUAAAUAAAGAUGCAAUUUGAUUU